AUGGAUUUCAUCAAGACCAGUUCCCUGCGUGCUCUGAUUGAGUUAACUUUCCAACGCAACUGGAACGGCCUAAUUUGGAUGAGUAGAAAAGGAGUUAUAACCAAAAGAGUGAAGACUGUCCAGACGGCUCUAUCGAGAAUCAGCGCCCAACCGCGCAGUCCGGCUGGCCGAGGAAACAUGUUCCGCGCUCGGCCAAAUCAUAUCCGUCCGUCUGAAGUCUCGGCCAAAGUCCAAACCGACCGGCCGAUCACGCAACACGACCCGGGAAACAUUGUCCCGCGGUCGGCCAAGCCAAACGUCACGCCACGCCGCGCACGACCAUGCCGCGCGAGCCGGGAAACAAGCCUCGCGGCCGCGCAACCCGUUCGCGUACCACGGCCGAUGCAUCCGUCCGAGCCGGGAAAGAACGUCCCACGUCCGGCCGAGAAACCAUCGGCCAAAUCUCUAUCCGCCGACCACGCCGGCCGACCGUGA